AUGAACAACUGGGGCAGCCUGUGGGAGGGACAGCACGAGCAGGCUGAACCUUGCGAUGAAGGCUGCAUUUUUGGCUCCUCAGACGACGAAGAACCUGGCGAGCUGCUCGAGUGUUGCGAUGAGCAGCGGCCGCAAGCACUGCAGUCUCUGGUGGUCAAUGCCUCUGUCAAGGAGGGCGUCACUGUCCGCGACUACGUGCCUGCCGUCCACCUGUGGUUAAUGGAGCACUUUGACGCCAUCUCCUCCGCUGCUAAUGUGUGGGACAAGGCACCAGCAGACCAGAAGCUGGUGGUGAACUGCGUUUAG